GAAAGAAUUGAUUCAUUUCCACUUUCAGACCAAGAAGGCAAGAAACGCCUCUUUCUGAGGCUCGAGCGAUCUCCGGAAGCCACUUUCUCCGGGCACUGUAAGAAAGCUUUCCCGUCAAUGCUCGUGCCGUCGAGAGUUCCAUUUCUCUUCCUUCUCAGAUCUCUCCUUCGCAAUCAUCAGUGCUCGAUGCUUCAAAUGGCCCCCUUCUUCACAAAGUUUGUUCUCUUCUUCGUUCUAAUCUCCACUGUGUGUCUCUCUCACAGAUCUUCAGCAGCCGUUACUGCAGAGAAUGAAAAGACCUUAGCUAUGAUUAAGCCAGAUGGAAUUUUGGGUAACUAUUCAAGUGUUAUAAAGGAAACCAUUAAUAAUCACGGUUUCAGUAUUACUCGAGAACUAUUUGUUCAGCUAAGCGAGGAUACUGUGAAAAGCUUUUAUGCUGAGCAUUCUUUAAAGAGCUUCUUUCCGAGCCUCAUCGAGUACAUGACAAGUGGCCCGGUGCUGAUAAUGGCUUUAGAAAAAGGGAAUGCGAUUGAUGAUUGGCGUGCUUUAAUUGGACCAACUGACCCUCUCAAAGCCAAGGCUACUCAUCCUCACAGUAUCAGAGCCAUGUGCGGGCUGGAUUUGCAAAGAAAUUGUGUUCAUGGUUCAGACUCGCCCCAAUCUGCAGCCCGGGAAAUAUCUUUUUUCUUUAACGAGCCAUCUUCAGGGCAUGAUGAACUAUAAGUUCGAACAUUUGAAACACGAUGUACGUUGUAUACUCGUAUCAUGCCUCGGCCAAUGGCAAUGCAUUACACUUAGAGCUCGUCGAAUAUGGACAGCAUCCCCGCAACCUUGCUAUUAGCUGCAUCCUGCAGUAGACACGGCCUAAAAGAGUCGCAAUCUAUGUCAUGACUACACUACCUAUGCUUUGCACUUAACAUCUAUUUUGUAAGGAGACAAUGUUUAGAUUGUUAGGCUAUCGUUAUCCUUUAAAUACUCUUUCACUUUAAAAAUUGAGUCAUAUUUUCACAUCAUCAAA